GGAUCUUGUGGUUUUGGUCCUGAUUUCUGCGGCGAGGGUUGUCAAGGAUCGUGCGAGGCCACUGCUGAAUGCGGCCAAUAUGCCCCAGAGGGCAGCUUUGACUGUCCUUUGAAUGUCUGCUGCAGCAAAUUCGGGUUUUGCGGCACAACAGAAGACUUCUGCAGCAGUGAAUGUCAAAACAAAGGUGGCUGCCUUCCGAACGACGACGCAAUGGCAUUGGAUGUGCGUAUUGGAUACUACGGCCUGUGGGGAGCCACCCGAGGCUGUGAUGAUUACUUGCCCGAAAACAUUCCUGCCGGAGCAUUGACCCAUAUCAAUCUUGCCUUUGAAUACGUCAGCGAAGAGCAUGAGAUCACAGACACUCAGGGUCAGGGUCCCAUCGUGGCUCGAGUCUCGCGGCUCAAGAAGAAAUAUCCCGGUUUACGGGUGAACAUCGCUCUUGGUGGUUGGGUGUUCAACGACCCCCCGACCCAGCACCGGUUUUCGGAGAUGGCGUCCACAGCGCCAAACCGAGAAAAGUUCAUUGCAUCGUUGAUCCGGUAUAUCAGGCGCUACGGCCUAAAUGGUGUCGACAUAGACUGGGAGUAUCCGGUUGCCGAAGACCGCGGUGGCUCCACGGUGGACUACGGCAACCUGGUCUUGCUUUGUUCUGAUAUCCGAGAUGCUUUCGACCGUGAAGAUCCGGGAUGGCAACUGACCAUCACCCUCCCAGCUAGCUACUGGUAUCUGCGUGGUUUCGAUUUGAAGAAACUCGAGGAACACGUCGACUGGUUCAACGUCAUGACCUAUGACAUCCAUGGGAUCUGGGACCAGAAGAAUAUCUGGACCGGACCCUACUUGAAGGGCCACACUAACCUGACUGAGAUAGAUGAGGGUCUUGACCUGCUCUGGAGAAACGGGGUAACCUCCGACAAGGUCGUCAUGGGCGUUGGUUUCUACGGCCGCUCAUUCACCAUCUCAGACCUGACAUGCACUACCCCACCGUCGUGUACCUUUGAUACUGCUGGCUUUGCGGGUGUCUGCACCAACGAAGCUGGGAUUCUCUCGUACUCUGAGGUCCUCAGCAAACAAGGCCAGUUGGGGUCCAAGACCUCCUACGACGAGGUAUCCUCCGUGAAAUGGAUGGUGUACGGGUCUAAUCAGUGGAUCUCCUUUGACGACGCGGAAUCCUUCACUGCCAAAAAGAACUAUCUCACUUCGCGGUGUUUGAAAGGCGUCAUGAUCUGGUCCAUGGAUCUAGAC